AUGGGAAAGGAGGAAACAGGGUUCAUCUUCAAAACUGUUCAUGCAUUAAUGGCAGCUCGAGUCUCCUUCUUCGCCGUUGCAAUUGCACUUCUGCUCAUGAACGUCCAUGCCACAACUGAGAAUCAGCCUGGUGAAGCUUUUAAUUUCAGUUACUCGGGCAAUACGGGUCCUAACAAAUGGGGAAACCUGAAUCCGAAGUUCUCAGCAUGUUCACAUGGAAAACUGCAGUCUCCCAUAGACAUUGUGAAGGAGAAGGCUGUUCUUAAUAAGAAGCUAAAGCCUUUAACCAGAAGAUACUAUCCUGCAAAUGUUACUUUGGUUGACAAUGGCUUCAAUGUUGAGGUGCAUUAUGGGAAAAAUGUAGGAGUGUUGAUUGUAGAUGGUAAGAAUUACACCUUGAAGCAAAUGCACUGGCAUUCUCCCUCUGAGCACCGCAUCAAUGGCGUCCAGUAUGAUGCAGAGCUCCAUCUAGUCCACAUGGCAGAUGAUGGCAACUUCUCAGUUGUGGCAAUCCUCUACCGGUUAGGCCAUGCUGAUCCCAUCGUUGCUCAGAUACAGAAAAAAUUAGAUGAGUUGGAGAACGAAGUGCGCGCAGGUCAUGGAGACGCUCAUAUUGUUCUAGGGACCGUUAACACAAAGAAAUUAAUGCGAAGGACCCGAAAGUACUACAGAUAUGUUGGCUCUCUCACCACACCUCCAUGCUCCCAAAAUGUCAUCUGGCACAUACUUGGCAAGGUGAGAUCAAUAUCGAAAGAGCAAGUAAAGGCUUUGAAGGCUCCACUUAAAUCGACAUGCAAGAACAAUUCGAGGCCGGUGCAAGCACUCAAUGGACGACAAAUUGAGCUUUAUGAUGAGCUUCAUUAG